AGCUGUCAGCCUUCUGCACAGGCCAACUACAGACUGGUGUUAUUUACAAGGUUUGGGAAAUAUUGCUACAGACACAGCAUCGACUGAUAAUGUGUCAGGAUUCUCCCGUCACCUCGACUUCUCACACUUUUGGGAACAUGUUAACAAAAAGUCACUUUAAAGUUUAAAUACUAUCUAGUUAGCUAAACAUUUGCAGGAGAUAGGAUACACUGGGUUUUACCGAAUGCAUUUUAGCAUUACUACCGGCUUUAACACGUGUAUGUAGUGUUUUGACCAAUCAAUUGUACAGUCUUGGGCAGACGGGGUAUAAAUUUGAGGCGGUUGUCGUAAAGACUUCUGCCGCCGAAGAGCUGAACAAGGAGUCGGUGAAAUCUAAGGAGACGUGUGAUGAACAUUAAAUUGCAGCCAAGUAUAUUUCAGAUUAUUUCCUUAUUUAACCUCCUUUGGAAAACACAAUGGCUGCUGUGAAAGUGUGUCCCACUGUGAGUAAGAACCCUCCUCCACCAGAGGUCAUAAAUCCCAAGAAGCCUGGACGUAUGACCAAUCAGCUCCAGUAUCUGGAGAGGGUGGUAGUCAGAACUUUAUGGAGGCAUCACUUCUCUUGGCCCUUUCGUCAGCCUGUUGAUGCAGUAGCUCUUUGUAUCCCAGAUUAUUACACAAUUAUUGCAAAUCCUAUGGAUUUGGGCACUAUUAAGAAGCGUCUCCAGAACAAAUACUACUGGAAAGCACUUGAAUGUAUUCAAGACUUCAACACCAUGUUUGCCAACUGCUACAUGUAUAAUCGGCCUGGAGAUGAUAUUGUUAUCAUGGCACAGACCUUGGAGAAGGUGUUUUUGCAAAAAGUUUCCCAAAUGCCAAAAGAGGAGUGUGAGGUUACGGAAUAUACCGCUAAAGAUCAAGUCAAAGGGAAGAAUGCCAGUACAGGUGCAGUGACCCAGAGAUCCCUUGUGUCAGAAGUUGUUCUCAGACAGACAGUGACAGUCAUCCCCCCUGAUGUGCAUCACAAUCACCCCUCCGUCCCACUCACCAAACAAGCUGAUUCAUCAAUUAAAAAAGGUUUAAAGAGAAAAUCAGAUCCUGCACCGUCCACUAUCUCAGUGAUGCCAAGUAAUGAGGUCGUCAGAGCUGGAGAAGAUUCAGCACCCUGUACAUUCUUCCUCAGGAGAGGUAGUGGAAGACCCAUCAAACCUCCUAAGAAGGAUUUGCCAUCCUUGGAAGUGAAGAAGGUCAGACUGUCUGAGCAGCUCAGGUGCUCCAACGACAUCUUAAAGGAGAUGCUGUCCAAGAGGCACUGUGCAUAUGCAUGGCCCUUUUACACCCCCGUCGAUGCCAUUGCUUUGGGUUUGCAUGACUAUCAUGACAUUAUCAAGCAGCCCAUGGAUCUGGGUACUAUCAAGAAAAAAAUGGAUGCACGAGAGUAUGCAAAUGCAAAAGAGUUUGCCGCAGAUGUCAGACUGAUGUUCUCAAACUGUUACAAGUACAAUCCACCUUCACAUGAAGUAGUCUACAUGGCAAGAAAACUGCAGGAAGUUUUUGAGGCCCGAUAUUUGAAAGUUCCCCUGGAACCAGAAAAAUGUUGCCCUCCGUUGCAGCAAGAUGACCAAGGACAUGGAGACAAAGAUACAAGUCCAUCAGCAUCAGAAAGUUCUGGCAGUGAAAGCUCCUCUGAGCUGGAAAGCGCCAAAGAAGAUGUGGCGGUGCAGCUGGCCAAUCUGGAGGAGUGGCUGAAAGCAAUGAGUGAUCAUUUGAAGAAAAUGAAACCAAAGAAGGACAAGUUGAAAAAGGACAGAACAUGUAAAGAAAAGAAUAAUGCCAAACUAAAACUCAAAUCCUCAAAGCACAAACCUGUUGUAGAAAACGUGGCCAAAAACAAGAGCACUACUAUCAAACGCAGUAUUCCUGGAGUGCCUUUGAAAAGUAAGGAUAAGCCUUCAUCAUUACCCAUGACAUACCAGGAGAAGAAGCAGUUGAAACUGGACAUCGACAAGCUGCCUGGUGACAAACUAGGCAAGUUGGUGAACAUCAUUCACUCCUGUGAGUCUUAUCUACGAGACUCUACUCUAGAAGAGAUUGAGGUUGACUUUGAAAUACUCAAGCCUUCCACUCUGAGAAACCUGCAGAGGUUUGUGGCAAAAUGUCUGAGGAAAAGCAACAAGAAAUUUAAAAAGAAGUCUGUAAUGCCCACAGCAACUCAGAUUUGGAAUUUAAAGGAUGGUGGGAAAUCUCAGGUUGUCAGUAAAGAGCUCUUAAGUAAGAAAAAUAAUCCAGCUGCUAAAGUCACAACAGCCCCAGAUGCCCCAUACAUGUCACGCCUCAGUGACAGCAGCAGCAGCAGCAGCUCCAGCUCCUCAUCCAGCUCCCGCAGCAGCCGAAGUAGUUGUCAUUCUAACACAUCUGAUAGCAGUGACUGUGAAUCAGUGCCAAAAACAAAGAAGCAGAAAAGUCAAGACAAAGAUAAGAAAAUGUUGAAGGUGUCACAGACUGCCAGUAGUAAGCAGAUACUGGAGACAAAAGAUUCGAGCCAAUCCUCGGUCCAGACUUGUUGCUCUCCUGCUGUGCAGUCCUCAGGAGCAGAAACUAGAGGCAAGCCCUGUGACCAGCUGACUCUAGUACCUCCAGAUUUGUCUGCACUUUUAUCCCCCAUGGUGUCUCCAGGGAUUUUACUGGACUGGACUACCACCAAAUUUGAGCAUGGCCCAGUGCUGUCCCCUCUGAGAGACAGCCCACUGCAGCCGGGGGAUGAGACCAGGUCCAAUUUCAGAUAUCCCGAAGAUUUUCCUGAGAGUCAUGUGUCAACAAUGCCUCAGACCGACGCAGCAAAUAAAUCAGCUGAAGAAGAGAAACGCCAAAUUCCAAAAAAGGACUUUGUUCUGAAAAAUGCUGAGUCUUGGGCUCGACUAGUGAGACAGUCAGUCACUUCAGCCGCAAUCAAGUCAUCAAAAGAAAGUUUCCAACAGUUCCGUAAGGCUGCAAUAGAGAAGGAAGAACGUGAAAAAGAACUAAAGAAGAAACAAGUGGAAGGAAACAAGGAGAAGGAAACUCUGGAAAAGAGCAGCCUGCCAGGCCCAGGCAAAAUGGAAAGAGAUCCUCCAGCAUCAAUUAAAGAAGAACCUGAAUCACCAGGGAAUGUUUGCACAGAGCCUGCUUUAGAUGCUCCCAAAGAAGCUGAAGUGGAAAAGCCAAACUCUCCCAAGGAAACUCCAGGCGUAGGUACACCGUCAUCUGUGGACAGGGACAGAGAGAUGGCCCGCAAGAAGGAGCAGGAGCGUCGCCGAAGAGAGGCUAUGUCUGGUAUUGACAUGACUAUGCAGCAGGAUAUCAUGACUAAUUUUGAGCUCAACCUGGACUGAAGAAAGGAGGGGAAACAAUCAGGAACUUAAAUAAGUCUCCUGUCCAAUACUUUGGUGUGUUGUCUCUGUGAAUAACUUUAACUCUCUUCCUAGACACUAUAUGCAUCAAAAGACAUCUUGAAAACAGCCUAAUGCAUAUUCUUGGAACUAGAAAAUAAAUAGUGAUAAAGGAAAUGUAGUAAAACUGAACAUGGAUCUUGGCUUUGUCUUGUAACUGUUAUUAAAUGGGUUAAUAUUUGCACUGGUUGCACUGUGGAAUUUGGGAUGAUAGGGUGAAAAUGACAAUGUAAUCUUUUCUGCAUGUUUGGUGUUCUUUGCACAUUUGGAUGAAACUUCCUACAGUUGUUUGUGACAAGCUAGUUAAUGCGCACACACAAGUCCAAUCCAAUACUUGAUUGUCAUAUAAAGUGAUUUUUUUUGUUUGUUUUUUUUCACUGUUUAGUUCUCAUGUUUGUUGUUUUCCUGCUCAGUGAACCAUUCUAAUAACUGUCACCAUGUUCUGGUUAAUCCUGACCUGAAUGCACACAGCACUUGUUUGAAUGUGUUUGUUACUGCCUCAUCCUCUGACUUUUUCUUUUUGAGAUAUUCUUGAACGAAAAAAAUGAUUCUUUGAAUUGAGGCUGAGGUUGUUUUUUGCCAGUAUUUCACAUGUUUUUCUGUCUUUUUUUUUUUUUUGGUCGGUACUUGAAAAUGCCAUACUUUACAUUGCGUUGGUUUUGUUACGGAUUGCACUUUAUUUUCAUACAGCUCUGGCUGCUCCAAAGUUUUUUUUUUUGGAUAUUAUCAGCGUAUCCUGUAUGUUAGUUUGUAUAGGCUAUGUAACUUUUUUUUUUUUUUUUGUAGGUAAAAUAUUAAAACUAUUUUCACUAAGCUAUCUGCGUCAGUGUGUGGUGUGAUCCAUAGCAACCAAUCCAUAGCAACAGUAGACCAGAUGUGUCAAAGUCAUUACACACUUGAAGAUGUUAGAAAUAACACAGAAAUUCAUAUGAAACAGAUUCACUUCAUUUUCAUCUCAACACCGGUACUGUUUUGUAUAGAAAUGUAGAAUUUUACACAUGAUAACUGUACAGUGUAUCAAUUCAGUAAUGUCUUGUUGAGGACAAUGCGUACUUUACUAUUCUAUAUUCAUUGCAUAUUUCACAUUUUCCUUUGCUUGUUCUUGGUUUGGGGGAUCAUGCUUCUCCCUCAUUCAGCUUCAAAAGGAAAAGGGGGAGAAAACAGAUUACAUACUUUCCAGCCAGUGUGUGAUACACACUGUCCCACUGACCAUGAUAUGAUAUCUCCUGUCCAUCUCUGUCCUCUCUACUGACUCUCAGUGGCAGCUGAAGCUCAAAGCUUCAUAUUCACGCUUGGCUUUUUCUGCCCACCUUUUGACCUUUCUUUACUACUUUGAAAUAAAUCAGAUUCAAGGCUUCA